AUGUCUAUAUACGCCGCCUUUGUUAGCGGCUUCUAUCGGAGGACAGGAGCGUUAGCCUUUGUCACCGGAGUGGUGCCGAUGCUUAUCGUGUUCGCUGUGCUGAUCUUUCACAUCAUGAACGCUCGUCGAAAAGGCGUACCAAUUAAAACAGUUUUUAGCGCUGAUCUUCGUUGGGGGCCCGAGUUGAGCACCGACCGUUUGCGGGCUUUUCACGAAGAACGAGCUGCGCGAGUCAACGAUUGA